GAUAAUCCUCAGAGACAGAAGCAGAGCAGAGUGGCCGCCAUGUGUGAACGGCCACAUAAGCUGAUCAGAGGUGCCGCCUCGCUGACAGGACUAUACCUGAUGUAUGGAUACGGUGCCGCCCUCGUCUGCAACAUGAUUGGUUUUGUCUAUCCAGCAUAUUAUUCAAUCAAAGCCCUUGAAAGUCCAAGCAAAGAAGACGACACAAAAUGGCUGACGUACUGGGUGGUGUAUGGCGUCUUCAGCCUCGGAGAGUUCUUCUCCGAUAUCUUCCUCUAUUGGUUCCCAUUCUACUACGCUUUUAAGUGUCUUUUCCUGUUGUGGUGCAUGGCUCCUAUCUCGUGGAAUGGCUCCCAGGUAAUCUACAACAAAGUGAUUCGGCCCAUCUUCCUCCGCUAUGAGGCUGUGGUGGACGACAUGGUGAAUGACAUCGGCGGGAGGGCGAUGACUGCUGCUGAGGACAUCACCAGAGAAGUCCUGUGCACUCUGAUGAAGAAUAAAGCUGUGGUAGCGCUGUCACCCGCUCAGCCUGAAACCAAAAGUUUACCGAGUUCAACAACAGCUACAGUAGCUCCUUCAGAUUCAAAGAAGAACAACCAGUACGUAUACCCCAGCUGCAUCACCACACCUUCUGAAAAUAAGGUCCAACCUGAAGGCCUCUCGGAGCCGGCUCUAAGCACCGAAAAACCGUUUUUUAUCUGGCCCCCACUCGGCUGCCUGGCAAGAACCAAGAACCAAUACGUCACGCUUACGUCGGAGGCGGGGGGCGGGAUUAACCUGAUCAACAAUUCUGUACAGCAACACACACAACUACGAACCAGGAUGGAUGCCAGUAAAUGUAAGCAGCAUGGACCGCUGAAGAGACAAAUGACCUCCUCGGGCUUUGGUCAAACGCAAGAGGUGCAGAGGAAGUUGGACGGCACAACGCGGUCUAAAGCUAUUCUCCAGCAGCUGCAGCGGGAGUUGGCCCCGCUGGAUACCACCGGACUCUGGAGCAAAUAA